CGAAAAAACGAAGGUGGAAAGCAAGAGACGUAUUUAUGUCUGUCAUUUCUAAAGCUCUAGAAUUUUCCCUCUUCAUUCACGAAACAUAAACUAGCUUUGAUAGAGUGAAUCAAAAGGGCACUUCCGGUUUCCAGACUCACGAAGGGGAGUGUAUGUCUUAGUCUGCCUACGUAAAUACACAGUAGUAUCAAUCAACUUUAGAGGAUCAUAAUAUUAGAAUUUAUAUUUUUAGUUUGCUGUGUGCUAAGUUUCCUGAUUCAUAUAGGAGUUCAUGGGAGUCGUUUACGCUAAAUAUAUCGGUGUUGUAAGAACAAAAUCUCCCGAUGGAUUAUCUCUGGAUUUUAAUAUAAGAGAUAUAGACCAAAGUGUUAUAGGGUGACAAUAAUCAGCAUCUCUCUUACGUCCUGUGAGACUUAAUGGCAAUCAGGAGAUAAUGAUGCGAAGACGACGCACCACACGCCAUAUAUUGCCACUCUUAUAAUGAAUAACGAAAUAAAAGUCGUCAGCAACAGAAUUUCGUCAUUUUUAUUAUUAAUAGGAAAGACAAAAAGUUCGCAAGAGCGUAUGCAAAUUUGAAUUGUAACAAUUGAUGAUAAAGCAGCAUGAUAACGCCUGGUUUACACAUGGGAAGCAAUCGAUAUGUAUUUUGAUUGCGAAACUUGCAUCAGUGGCUUCUGUUGGAAUUGUACGAACGACGGAAUAGAAUUCUCAGAGGCUCUGAGAUACGGGGUCCUCACGUUGUGUUUCACGUCGCUGUGUGUGCUCGUCAUCCUAUGGGUGUUGGUGCUACACUACCGACACAAUAAGAUAUUCAAGGCAGCUAGUCCAGGACUUCUCAACAUUGUACUUGCCGGAAUCACGAUCAUGCAUGGAGAGGUGAUUGUCUCAUGUUUCCCGCCAUCGGAAGUGACGUGUAUGGUUACACCCUGGUUCCGCCAUGUUGGAUUUGCGUUAACAUUCGGCGCCAUCCUCUUGAAAACGUGGAGGGUCUCUAUCAUCCUUAAAGUGAUAAAGCCCCGAGAAUUUAAAAUCAGUAAUAACCAUCUGUAUCGAAAGGUGGCGCUGAUAUGUAUGGCGUUCAUUGCUUACUUGGUCGUGUGGACUUCUGUGCAGCCGGUGCUAUACCACGUCUUCCAUUAUAACUACAAAGAUGUCUAUUUUAUGUGUAGGGUAACAUGGUGGGACCUCGCAGGCCUUUUUGGCGAAUUACUGCUGUUAUCGUGGGGCUGGUAUGUGGUCGUCAAUACCACUGAAGGCCCUAACAUUUACGAUGAUUCUAAGCACACCAGUUAUGUCGUAUGGAAUGAGACUCUAUGGUGCAUAGUUGCAGUAUUCUUUGGGUCUGUUAUACAGAGAUACCCGGAUGUGAACCUCUUGCUGAUUGGUCGAUGUCUCAGGACUUUAGUUACUUCCGGUGUCAUAUUGACUCAUUUCUUCGGGUCUAAGUUGUAUGCCAUUAUGAGGCACGACCGAGAAUUGAAGUGCGUAUUAACAGACAUCGAUAAAGAAACAAGGGUCCACCGGCUUACUUUACUCAUAAACAAGAACGGCAAUGUAAAACAUAUACAAUGCAGACCUUGUGGGCCACUACAAUACACAGAGAAGAUACCAGAAGACAUAAGCGCUGCUGAAAGUAAAAUAAAAACAGAAAAAACAGUUGCAGGAUAUACGGAGUAUGAGAUCGACCGUUUAAUUGAAUUAGUUGCAACACUUAGAACCGAGAGAGAUACCUAUUGGAAGCAAGCAGAGGAACUUAUGUCCAUGCUGAAAAUACUGGAUUCAAAUAAAUGGCUUGAAUCAAAAUUGCAAACACUUUCAAAAAUGAGUAUACGUGCAGAGACACAGACACAAGACUGUCAGAUCACACCAUUUACACAGUCUCAAUUGACACUUGACACCCAAACGGGUAAAACUGGAAACAGCAUUAAAGACACUAGUGAGCACGAACAAACUGAUUAUGCACAGAAAAAUGAUAUUAUAAGCGCGACCUCGACUUCGAGUCCGAAGUCGAAUAACGUCGACACUGGGUACGGAACUGCCAGACAGUCCGUUGGGGAUGAAUACCAAAGCGGGAAGAUAAGCGAGCUAGGCAUCCCGAGUGACAUAUCCCGAUUAAUUGAGCAGUUACGGAUGCAUCAACUUGAGGAAAAAAACAAAUGGACUGAGUUUCCAACAUGUUUUUCAAAACAGCUACAACAACAUCAGCAAUGCAACUUGCGCAUCAACUGCAAAAAUGUUAGCCCAACUCAUAGAAAUAUCUUCCAAAGUCCCGACUUAUCAUUGAGUGACUCCAAAUAUGCAAGCCCAGCUGAGGAUACUUUGGCAACACUCGAUGAACUCACUGCUUCUAGUUUACAAAGUUUCCGAAGUGUUAUCCACGAGGAUGAACUGCCGGAAGAAUUAAAAGCUCAUCCACUUACUACUGUGAGUGGAGAACUAAAUGGCAAACUUUAUAUAGAUGUCGAUAAAGUCUAUGGAAAAACUACAACGAAACAACGAAAAUUAUGCAAUGGAAGGAACCAGGACAAUACAAUACUAUCAACUUCUAAUUCGAGAAGUACCGGACAAGUUAAUUACUCGAAAGCAAAGUGUAAAGUACUUCAUUCAAUUGAUAUAGAUGAAAGUAUAAACAUGUAUAUAUGACAGUUUUAUAAAGUUUAUCUUCAGAUUUGACUGUAAAUAAAUCGAUGCGAUAUCUUGUUCUUUUUAAAGUUGUAUCAAGACUGAAUUAGAGUUCUUCAAAAUUGCUGAACGGAUUUUAUUGAUAAUACGAAAAUACAUUUUGAUAUUGAUCUUGAAACAUGUAAGAGGUAUUGGAAAAAUAUAUCAUGUAAUGGAACAUGUAUCCUUAACCUGCAAUUUUUAUAAGUAAUUCUAAGAACAGGAUAUAGGUGAUUUAGCUUGUAAAAUAUUAUUCACUGGUAAUGAUCCUCACUCGAAAGAUCUAUUAACUGAUGUUAUUGUUGCCUUUACUCCAUGUUUUUUUCUGAAUGGGUGUCUGAAAUGCCAGUGGAGGUAAAUGGCAUAAAAA